UUCACAAUAUAUUAAAAUUGCUAAAGAUUACAGAAACUAGCGUGGCUGCACUACUCCUUGUGAGUGUUUGUGAAGAUGAGAAUUUCGGGAAUUCAGCGCGGCAAGCACAACCCUUCUUCCUCGUCUUCGCUUCCAUGGAUAUCUCCGCUCAAUUUCACAAAACCCAAACCCGAGCCUCCUCCCCAACCCACCGCCGAGCCUCCGCGGAAGCGCAGCUACAUUUCCCACGACUCCGCCAUCGACAUGAUCAAACGCCAGAAAAAUCCACAAGAGGCCUUACAAAUAUUCAACACCGUUUCGCAACAGAAGGGUUUCAACCACAACAACGCCACCUACGCCACCAUCCUCCAGAGCCUCGCGCGCCGCGACCAGUUCCACGCCGUCAACCGCGUGCUCCACCAAAUGACCUACGAAACCUGCAAGUUCCACGAGGGCAUUUUCGUCAACCUCAUGAAGCACUUCUCCAGGGCCUCCCUCCAUGAAAACGUUCUCCAAGCCUUCUUCUCCAUUCAACCCAUCGUUAGGGAAAAACCCUCCCCCAAAGCCCUCGCCACGUGUCUCGACCUCUUGCUCCAUUCCGAUCGCCUCGAUUUGGCGCGGAAUUUGCUCCUGCAUGCCAAACGCACCCUCACGCAUAAGCCCAAUGUUUGCGUCUUUAAUAUCCUCGUUAAGUACCAUUGCAAAAAAGGGGAUCUUGAAUCUGCUUUUCACGUUGUUAAGGAAAUGAGGAAUUCGGUGCUGUCUUACCCUAAUUUGGUUACUUACUCCACCCUCAUGGACGGCCUUUGUAAAAUUGGAAGACUCAAAGAAGCCUUUCAGGUGUUUGAGGAAAUGGUUUCGAGGGAUCGCGUUGUGCCUGACCCUCUUACUUACAAUACUCUCAUCAAUGGGUUUUGCCGCGGAGGGGACCCUGAGCGUGCUAGGAAUGUGAUUCAGUUUAUGAAGAGUAAUGGGUGUCGUCCCAAUCUCUUUAAUUACUCUGCUCUGGUCAAUGGCUUCUGUAAAGCUGGGAAAUUGCAGGAUGCGAAAGGGGUUUGGGAUGAGAUGAAGGAAUGUGGGUUGAAACCGGAUACGGUUACUUACACUUCUUUGAUUGAUUUUUUGUGUAGGAAUGGGGAAACUGGUGAAGCUAUGGACUUGCUUGAGGAAAUGAAGGAGAAUGAGUGCAGGGCUGAUACUGUUACGAUUAAUGUGAUACUUGGGGGUUUGUGUAGGGAAGGUAGAUUGGAGGAGGCUCUUGAUAUGCUUGAGAAGCUGCCACACCAGGGUGUGUAUUUGAACAAAGCUAGUUACAGGAUUGUUCUUAACUCUUUGACCCAGAAAUGUGAGUUGGAAAAGGCGAAGGGGUUAUUGGGGUUAAUGCUGGGUAGGGGGUUUCUGCCACAUUAUGCAACCUCGAAUGAAUUGUUGGUUCUUCUUUGUGAGGCAGGAAUGGUUGAUGCUGCUGCUAUGGCACUAUUUGACUUGGUGGAGAUGGGGUUUCAGCCUGGACUCGAGUCUUGGGAGGUUUUAAUUGGGUUAAUCUGCAGAGACAGGAAGUUGUUGUAUGUUUUUGAGUUACUUGAUGAAUUAGUGGUCACAAAUGCAUGAUAUUUGUUUACAUUGUGUAAUGAGUUUCAGAAGCAAUUGGUGCUCAGAAUUUUUCACUCGCGGUAAAGGAUGAUAAAUCAUAAAACAGCAAUGCGAUGGAUGAAGUAGAAUGUGGCCAGGAGUCUUGCAUGUUUGGAAAAUUCAUUUUAAGGGAAAGAACCUUCUGGAAUGCUGUCCUAAUAUCCAAAACUAGAGGGACGACACUAUACAAAAGGCGUAACACUUUCGUUCACGGGAUGAAGACUCCAUAACUCUACUUAGGUUCAAACUUUACACCAAAAAAGAUGUUAGAUGCACUGGAAAAACAUGUGCUGUUUGGUUUGGUUUAAACGCAUUGACAUCGAAUGCUUAAUGCCGAGGCCUUUGCAUGUUAAAAUAAGCCCGUUGUAAUGGUUUUUGGCUUAAGGUAAUCCAGCUCCUGCAGCAAAAGAAAUGAAAGAAACAGAAAAAAAAAAAAAAAAUGAUUUUUAGAAUUAUACUUAGAUUUCAGAUUUUUAAUUUUAAAGGAAAAAU